UAUUUUUGUGAUACGUGAUUUCAUUGGUAUAAUAUAAUUCUCACCAUGCAUAAAUAUAAUGAUUGAACACGAAGACAAAGCCGUUUUUCCAGUGCCUUGAAAUUCGUGAUUUGUUGUCCGUUGGCGAGCGGGCUGCGUUUCUGGUACAGGUGGUCCGUGGGAGCAGUUGUCUCCAAUCCUGCCGUGGAUUAAAUCAGCAUGUGUUGACAUUCGUGUGAUUGAGGCAUGUCCCAGACGCCGGCCAGCCUCGGCGCCGGCGCGACGCUCGUCUCGCUGACGGGCGCCCAGUCGGUGGCCGGCGCCGUCAGCAUGAACGUGCAGCCGACCUACGUCACCCUGGCGCCUGGCCAGCAGCUGCUCGGCCACAACCCCCAGCCGUCCGCUGUGCUGGCCGGUACGCUGGUGUCGAAGCCGCCGGGCAUGGCCGCGUUGGCCACCUCGGCCGUGCCGCAAGGCGUGGUAACGCUACAGUCCGCCGGCCUGCAGCAGCCGCAGCAGCAGGCCAAGCCGGCCCAGCAGCAGCAGCAGCAGCAACAACAGCAGCAGCAACAGCAACAGCAGAGGACAAGUGGCGCCACCGCCGCUGCCGGCGAGGUGCUGACCAAGCAGCGGCUGCACGAGCUCGUCAAGGAAGUGGACCCGAACGAGCAGCUGGACGAGGAGGUGGAGGAGCUGCUGCUCCAGCUGGCCGAUGACUUCAUCGAGAGCACGGUCAGCACGGCCUGCCAGCUGGCCAAGCACCGCCGGGCCGCCACUGUCGACGUGAAAGACGUCCAGCUCUAUCUCGAGCGCAAGUGGAACAUGUGGAUCCCGGGCUUCGGCACCGAGGAGAUCCGGCCGUACAAGCGGAGCGGCACCACCGAGGCGCAUAAGCAGCGCAUGGCCAUCAUCCGCAAGGCGCUGAAGAAGUACUGACGGCCUCCAGACGCGGGACGGGCAGGUGUGCUGUGCGUGGGGCGGGGCGGGGCGAGACGGCCGGCACGGGCGCCGGCCUGUCCGUCCGGGACACCGUUGCCAGUGAGCACUAUUGUAUUUUUUUGUAUCGAGAUCAGCGCUGACCAAUAAAUGCAAUUCGCGCGCGAC